UCGUUCUCUUCGUAGGCGCUGUACUGCACCUGGAGAAUUUCUACACAUGUAAUAUAAUUGUCGUUGGGGGAUUUGUGCAGGGUGAACCGUGUCCCGGCCGACAAAUCCUGCAUAAAAUUGGCACUGGCGUUACAUCCGGUGCUUAUACCUGUGAGACUUGAAUGGCAAGGUUAACAACACCAAAAUCUGCUCUCAGUGAUCGCAUUUAUUCAUCUACUUUUACCAGCUUCUACUACAGAAGAGUACUCUCUGUUCUCGCUCGAAUCAUAGCAUUACCACACCUGCUUUGCUUUGGCACUGUCUCUUCUACCCAGUGCAGGCAGGGUUUGAUCCUCUCCAUCAAAUUGCUGUGAGGAAGGGCUGUCAGGAAUAUGUCUCCCAUCCAGGAAUGCAAUCCUAUUUCAGAAGGAGUCUCCAAAGAUGACUUGGUCAUUCCUGUGAUCGACUUUGAACCCUAUCUUACUGGUACCCCAGCCGACAGACAUGCCGUGGGAAUUUCCAUAACAAAGGCCUUCAAAACGUCGGGAUUCUUAUACUUGAAAAACCACGGAAUUCCUCCAUCGAUUGUGAAGAAUAUCUUCAACACAUCUGCUGGAUUCUUUGGAAGGCCACGGCCUGAAAAGGACAGUUUAGCAUGGACAACCGCGCAAGCGAACAGGGGUUAUACGGCCAUGGGCCGGGAGAAAGUCACCCAGUCCUCCGACAUGGACGAGAUCAAGAAGAUGAGGGAAACAAUCCCCGAUUUAAAAGAGAGCUUUGAGAUCGGCCGUGAAGAUGAAGAGGGGUGCCCGAAUCAAUGGCCCGACAAGAUAGAUGAUCAAGGAAGGGUGUUCACGGAGAUCAUGAGAGCAUUCUUCCUGACAUGCAAAGAGCUACAUAUCAAGAUUAUGCGCGCCAUAGCCCUAGGCAUGUGUCUUCCCGAAAGCUUCUUCGACGAGUACACCGACGCUGGGGAUAACACGUUGAGACUCUUGCAUUAUCCAUCCGUUCCCAAAUCCGUUUUCAGGGACAAUGAGGGCCAAGUUCGCGCGGGGGAGCAUAGCGACUACGGGUCUAUUACGCUACUUUUCCAGGAUGCCCGGGGCGGUCUGCAAGUCCGAUCUCCCAAGGGAACCUUUAUCGACGCUGUCCCAAUUGCCGACACCAUUGUGAUAAAUGCUGGCGAUUUGCUCGCGCGGUGGGCCAAUGAUCAGAUCAAAAGCACGCAUCAUCGAGUUGUGGAACCUCCUCCAAGGCAAGGAGGUGAUGAGAAUUCAGACGUAUAUCCGGCGCGCUAUAGUGUGGCCUAUUUUUGUAACCCCAAUUUCCACAAAUUUAUCGAGGCGAUUCCUGGUACGUUUGGCGGUGAGCUGGGGGCGAAGAAGUAUGAAAGGAUCAAUUCGGGAGAGUAUCUUGUUCGGAGGCUCACGGAGACGUAUUGAUAUCUUGGAGUUAUUCUCACUCCCGAGGUCUAAGUACAAUGACCAUGACCCAAAUAGGAUGAGGAGUCUUUCGAUUCCCUAUUAGCUCGGAAUUAAGCGAUUUGUAUUUCGUCUUGCUGGGGAACUGGUGUCAACAACCUAGUUAAUUUGGCAGUGUUUUUUGUGAGUGAUUAUUUCUGCUAUGUUUGCGGAUGACAUUGGUGCCGCGAUUACUCGGGUUCAACAUUAACAUGCCACAAACAAAGUGAAAUUCUGUGGCCUAGAGAAUGGUUUCCGGCUCUGGCUUUAUUCUUCAAUCUCCAUUUAUUAGUCCUCAAAAGUUGAAGAUGUUAUGAUAAAGAGUUCCA